AUAUCUAUUUUGUAUUACAUAUAUAUAUAUUCGUAUGUACGUAUUGAAUACCCAUGUCUGGGUUUCAGCUUUCUCUCACACCCUCCUCUUCUUUUCUGCUUUGGGUACCGUCCUGGGCAUAGUUUUCUUGGUUUCUGUUAUGAUAGAAAAUCUUCUUUUUGGGGGAAAGAAUAGAGAAAUUAAAUUAUGUUAAUGCUUCCUUAAAAGGGGUAAUAUUCAACUUGGAGUCUGUUUCGAGAUGUUUUUCUUCCCUUUUCUGGGUUAACCUCACUAGACACGAGAUUUCCGCUUUUGUGAAUCUCAUUUUUUAACGUAGUUUUUUUUAGCUUUUAAGAUUCAAUAUAAAACAACCAUUUUGACUGCCUUUACCUGAAGUUAAUCCAAGAAUUUAUCAGUGCUAGCCGCUUCAAGCUACUUAUCUGGGUCGAGCAUGGAAAACUACUGAAAUUUAACCCUUUUUUAACUGAAAAAUGAAUAUUUUGGCCAAAACGGGGGCCGAUUUUUUUUUUUUUUCCUUCCAUUUCUCCUAUACAUCAUCAGUCACAAGAAAAAUUUCGACUCACUCAUCACUCUUCUUUUUAUUUUUUUGAAGUGAGAAGCAAGUAUGGAUUUUAGGGCAAAUGUAGACCCUGUUGCCUGACGAUCUUUUGCUGAAAAUUCCUUCUAGGAAAUUUGGUCUGUGUUUAGAACUUGUGAUUAGAUAAGAAAUAGUGGGCAAGUACACAUUUUCCCGAGAAAAGAGAGGACGACAAUGAAGGAAAAAAACACGAAGAAAAUGGGGAUUUUCAUUUUCUCCCAAGUUCCUCAGGUUCCUUGUUUAGGGAACACAAGUUUUCGAUUCUCCAUGCACAAACCAAUGGAGCCCAUGGAACCUUUUUGUUGGCAGAACUUAGACAAAUUUUUAUUUCUCUUUUCGUUAUGCUAACUGUUUCUAUUUUGUUUCCUUCACAAGAGAAUAACCCUACUAUUCGAGGAGCCAUCUUAAUUUAGGUUUAACUUUUUACAUGAAGACAAUCCAUGCCCUAGUUUAUGGCUUAUACAUAUAAGCAAGCAUCCUCAAAAUUUGCUUUGUUGUGUCCUUAGUUUAGAGGAGAUCAAGGCAAAGCCAGUUGCUCUGUAGGCUUGAUGCUUGGGAGGAUGGGUGGUGGAUCAUUGGAACGGUCUAUUAACAGGGUUGGAGAACCGAAGGGGUCUCUCAUGGAGUUGUCAUCGUCGUCCGGGCCAUCGAAAAGGGCCAAGGCGCCCGGUAAUGGCACCCGGGUUGUGUCGUGCUUGGUUGACGAGUGCAAUUCGGAUCUCAGUCAGUGCAGGGAGUAUCACCGGCGGCAUAAGGUCUGUGAGCUUCAUUCUAAGACCCCUAGAGUCACCAUCGGCGGCCGGGAGCAGCGCUUCUGUCAACAGUGCAGCAGGUUUCAUUCACUGGUAGAGUUUGAUGAAGGAAAGCGAAGCUGCAGGAAGCGUUUAGACGGCCACAACAGGCGCCGAAGGAAGCCUCAAUCAGAAUCCAUCUCUAGAAACACUGGAACGUUUCUUUCUAAUCAACAAGGUACUACUUUGCUCUCAUUCAGCAGUCCACAACUACACGCCAGCUCCAUAAUGAACUCUGCUUGGCCGGGAGCUGCCAAAGCAGAGAAUGACACUACAGCAGCUUAUAGCAGCCAGCGAAGCUUGAGCUUCGUUGGACCUGGCCAUUUUUCGGGAUCUUUGGCUCACAGUUAUGAAGGUGGAAACCAGUUAAAAUUUCUGCUAGGCAUCGAGGCAGCUUCAGUGUGUCAACCACUUAUCGAUCCCAAUUCUGCCACAGGAAAUUGCUGCUACGGCCAGAAAUUGUUCUCGGAUAGGGCCAUCGACUCUGACUGUGCUCUCUCUCUUCUGUCAUCAGCGCCGGCUGAACGUCGGGAGAUUGAUUUGAGCCACGUGGCGCCGCCCCGUCCCAUCCCUCCUGCCGAAUCCUUGGUCCACAGCACAGCGUACGGCGACCUCAGCCGGUUCCCGGAAGAAAUGGAUGCUAAGCCGGUGGUUUCUAUGCUCGGCUUGCAUGUCGGCGACGACGAUGAUGCCGGUCUCCAUUACCAGGGAAUGUUUCAAAAUGCGCCUGAUGGAUCAUCUGCUGCUACUGCUACUCCUGCUGGCCCAUUCCCUACAGUCUCGUUCGAAUGGGAUUUGUAGUUGUUUGUUUUAAGUGGCUUUGAAUUAGAGGUCACUGUAUUGGAGGAAACUUUUAUACAAAAGAAUAUGUGGCCUUCCCAAACUGUGUUUGUUCAAGUAUGACUUUCGAUGCUUUCUCUGUGGUGGGCAUUCUCAUUCUUU